AUGGAUGCACAGCAGGAACAAGCGCCCAUUGGACAAGGAUGCCGCAGUUCACUCAGGGCCUCAGAACUGCCGGAGAAGAACAUGUUGAUCAUCAUUGUAGACUAUGAUGCCAAUCAGAACUAUGUGAAGCGUGACCUUGAGCUCUUCACCAAAGUUGUGUGCUCGCUGACACUGCUCGGCAAAGCGCAUCUGCUGGGGAGCAGCGAAAACGAUUUGGUCAUAUGGUCCUGCUCCAGCAAUGCCGUUAAUCCCAUUUAUCCCGAAAAGCUGAUAGACCCGGAAAAGGAGAACGACUCCCAGCUGGAGGAGCUGCCCAUUGUGGAGGAUCUCACCAGGCUGCGGCUCUUCAAUCUGAUAUCUCAGGAGAUAGCCCGGUUGAAGUGCCAAGCCACGGAGGAGACCGAACAGACGGUGACUACUCUGCUGCCUGGUGCCGUAGGCGUGGUCCUGAGUUACCUUAAUCGCUGUCGACGCGAGAUCGCCAAAGUCGCGAACAUCCGGGGUCGCAUUCUGAUUGUCAGCGGCUCCAAGGAGCCGUCGGUACCUUUGGCCACUAUGCAAAUGAAUGUCUUUCAUGCCGCUGCCAAAAUGGGCGUGACCAUUGAUGUGUGCGCCCUGGAGCUGGAGUCGUCGUACAUGCUGCGGCAUGCAGCCGACAUAACCGGCGGCUAUUACUAUUCGACCAGCAACUUUGACGCACUCUCCACGUUCCUGCUCGGCCUGUUCCUACCCUCGCCCCAUGUGCGCCAGCAUCUGAACUACCCGGUCCAGCCCCAGGCGGAUCUGCGCGCAAUGUGCUUCUGCCACAACAAGUUCGUCGAACUGGGAUUCGUCUGCACCAGCUGCUUGGCGGUCUUUUGCAAGUAUACUCCGAUUUGCGGCAGUUGCGAGACUGUCUUUAAGCCGCCCCAGGAGCUGCAGACGUACAUCGACAAGAGGGCUGCCCAGCGACGCGAUGGGAAAGUUCGGGUGAAGUUUGCUUAG